AUGUAGUCACUUGGUAGAAUCUUCAGAAAGAGUUAUAUUUUGGAACGGAGGGAGUAGAUACUAUGGUGUUGGACAGACUUUCUGACAGCCUUCUGACAAUUUUGUUAUAAGCAAGCAAUGUAGAAGGAGCUCACUUACUGCAAGUUGGCACCAUGUGUGAACAUCUGUACUAAAAUCCCCGGCCGCCAUAACCAUUCCUUGAAGUGUAAUUUGUACACACAAUUUAGCUUGGCUCCCUUUUUUUGUACCGGUAUAAAUGAUUGAAAAAUAUUCGUGUACAUUUAACUCUGGGAAUAUAUGUCUAUAUCUGUUGACAAGUGUUCUGUGCCGAGUGCACUCCUCUUCAGUAGUUUGUUACUCCCUCUCUAACUUAAUUUAAGACAUUUUUUGACACUAUAUUAAGACGUUUUGACACUGUUAUAGUGUCAAAAAACGUCGUAUAUUAAGUUACGGAUGGAGCACUAUGUAAACUUGUUUUUUUGUUUGUUAUUGUGGGAACUUGUUUCUGUAAUGCAUGUGUAGUCAUUUUGCCACUUUGGGCAGUUUAUCUGUCCGUGACAGAACUUACUAUUGAUGCAGCUUUUUGUGCUCUGAGCAGAAAGAAAACUGCAAUUUAUCUAUUUGUUGCCAGUAUCAUCUACUACCCCUAUAAAAAGACGAGAGGGCGGAGAACCAAAUCAUCCUAUCCAUCGAAACCUGCAAUCCGAUGGUCUACAUCCCUUCAGCAUACUAAACGCGUUUUACGCUUUAAUUACCCAUCAUGCCAUUAUGUUAAUUAAUUACCCACCAUGCCAUUACGUUAAUUAAUUACCCACCAUGCCAUUGGAUUAAUAAGCAACUAAUAAUCUCGAUCUGACCUCGCUGCUGCCGUUCGAAAAGAAAAAAAAGUGCCAACAACGCACGCACGUACGCCCCCGCACGACCUCUCGCCCCCUCCUCAUCCUACCAUCCGACGCCACAGCACGGCGGGGAUGCCGUUCGCCAAUCCUCCCGCGCCCGAGCCGUCUCACCGGAACCGCCAAGCCUGCCCACCCGGGGAUCACCACCGCACACACCCCCUCACCUCGAAGGGACCCUGCCUGUCCGGCUCGAGUUCCUUGCAUCACCAUCUGCCCGACUGUAGGUCAGGGCGCUCGUCGCCGGUGAGAGGCGCGCGGGAGCUGUUGCUGCCGCCGGGGACUUGGACACACGCGGGGCAGCCGCAGGCGAACGAAGCCGCAAGUGAGACCUCGACGGGCGGCGCCGAACACCGGUCUCCUCCCUGCUGCGCGUCGUUGACCUCCCUGCUGCAAGCUCCGCCUUCCUCUGGGGCUAUUUCCUCCACAACAGGCUGCUCCAUCCAUCGGUACCCUACAGACUACGUCCUAUUCAUUUCAGCACUCAGAUUUACCUGCAUAUGUGUCUACGUACUGAAGAAAGAUGCAGCCGAGGAAGUUGUAAAGAUGGUGUCUAGAGAUAGCUUGCUGGCCCUAAUGGCUGAACCCCAUGAACAAUUUCAGCCGACAUGCACAUCACCACAAGUCCAUAUCUUAAUUGAGUUCCUACACCAGCUGUUACUGGAUAAAUUGUGUACGACGCCAUGCUUGCACCCUUGUUCCAAGAGUAUUUGCAGUUCUAUUCUUGGUUGUUCGUUGCACAAGAAGCUACCCUCGAAGCUGCUCUGUGUGUGAAGGAAGCUCAGAAACAGUGUUUUCUUGAGGAAACAGAGCAUGAUUGUGGAUCUUUUCAAAAUGGUCUGGAUGAGAGUGAUUGGCUUGCUGAAUUGACUGAGAUUGGAAUGCUUGACGUAUUCGAAGAUGUUGGCCUCUCUACUGUUCAAACAACUUGUUCGUCUCAAGGCAACAACGCAACUGACUUGGAACAACGUUGACCCUUUACCGCCACCAUAUACCAUAGCCUGCACUGAAGGGCCUUCCUACGCUAUGGAUAAGCCGCCCCAGCUGCUUUACAGAGGCAGCGCUCAAUCAAGUUGGGUCGCCAUUCGGCUGUCUAGAGCGGGAGCGGCAAUGACGAAGGCAAGUAUGUUGUUGUCCCCUUCUGAAGUUCAGUUAUGUCAGGCAGGGAGUCAAUCAGUGCAUUAUCUGUGGUAUUGAAUUUUCUGAUUUUGUGUUGACCAAUAAGUGAGCACAAUUGUCGGAAUGAAGAGAAGAAUUAAAUGAUUUUAUUUGAAUAUAUGUGCCUCCUAACUAUGAUGAACAAGAGAAGUUUCGGUCUAAGGUUAGACAUGCAUUGCACGUGCAUUGCUAGUAUAGGAAGUUUUUGGAGGAAAUUAACUGUUGUUUCUGAGUUAA